CGACGCCAAAAUAUAAAUUCCGAGAUAAACCAGGGGAAGCGGAUGCAACGACACAGCCUGGUUUGUGGAUAUGGUGGAUAAUGUCAAUUUACCUAUCUCGUGGACGGCAGCUGAAACGCCCUCUAUUGUCAAUUUCUUUGCAUUGCUGCCCUGCCCGCAAUGCUCCCCUUUCGCGCCGCGGAGUGCUUCCCUUGGAGCUCAAUCGCGGCGCAAAGAGAAAAUCUACAGCCAAACUUAAGGAUCUUCCUCAAGGGCGUUUGGAACCAAUAGAACCGUAUGCUCCUCUCGUUAACGAUGCUCCUCAGUAUCCGACGGUGAUACAAGGCGCAAAAAACAAUAUGCUGAAGUUUAAGAACUGUGUACUGCUCACGAGGGUGGGAAACUUCUACGAACUCUAUUUCGAACAAGCGGAGGAAUACGCCACGCUGUUGAAUUUGAAACUUGCCCAGAAGAAGACAAACGCUGGAGCCGUGCCUAUGGCUGGCUUUCCCUUUUUCCAGCUCGACCGAUUCCUUAAAAUCCUCGUUCAAGACCUUAACAAAUAUGUUGCCAUCAGUGAGGAAUUUGCCAAUAAUGUUGUUGGUAAAGCGAAGUCCGGGGGUUUGCAGUUCGACCGUAAAGUCUCUCGAAUUGUCACUCCGGGAACAUUGAUAGACGAGAAGUUUAUGGAUCCUUACGAGAACAACUUUCUACUCUCAGUAUAUAUGCCCACAACUCUCCCAGAAGAAACGGAAACAUCAUCGCCUGAACAGCAUUCUUCUAUGUCGGGCACUCAGCUCAUUGGCCUCUCUUGGUUAGAUUUAUCCACUGGCGACUUCUUUACCCAACAGACGAAAGCGCAGAUGUUACCGUCUGCUCUAGCUAGGAUUGGUGCUAGGGAGAUAGUCAUAGACCAGAAUGUCGGGCCAAAAAUAAGACAAGAACUACAAGCUAUUGUCGGACAAGACCAGCAGCAUCUGAUAACGUCAUUUAGCUGUCCAAAUGAGAUGAGGACUUUAGCAGAGUGGGGUUCCAUUUUUGAGUCUCCGAUACCUCUUGAGGUAGCUUCCAUGUUCACUAUGGAAGAAACAGCGGCCUGCAAUAUAUUGUUGGAAUAUGUCCAAGUUCAAACGCAGGGAGUGAAGAUGAAACUCCAAGCGCCCCGCCGUAGGCAUUUAGAUGAGUCCAUGACUAUUGACCGUAAUAGCCUAAGAGGGCUUGAGAUUUUAGAAACUGCUCGAGACGGGCUUGGAAAAGGAAGCCUUCUCCAUGCUGUGCGGCGUACUGCGACAAAAAGUGGAGCUCGAUUGCUCAGGGACCGGCUGACUUCACCUUCCGCUUCAUUACACGUUAUCAAUGAGCGACUUGAUUUAGUAUCCAAGUUCCUUGAGGAUGAAGAUCUACGCCAAAACAUCAUACUCCUCCUUAAACGUAGUUUCGAUGCUCAACGACUAGUUCAAAAGUUCUCAUUAGGCCGAGGGGAUCCGGACGACCUACUUUGCCUGUCAAAAGCAAUCCAAGCGUCGCAGGAAAUAAAAUCAGUUUUACUCCGGCAUAUCAAUCAGUAUGCUAAUAAGCCUUCUGAUCUGACUAGCAGUUUACGCUCCAUGCUGGACCGUUUAAAUCUCGAUGGCCCCGAAACUCUUUCACAGAGGAUACUGGCGGCGAUAGACGAAGAGGGCCUUCUCCAAAAGCAAAGAAUCGAAGACGAUGCCGCUGCAGACGCUGCGGCUCUCGCUCAGGAAGUGAUUUUAAAUGAAGGGUCGUCAGAAGACCUAGAAGCCAUGCCUAAGCCGGUCAGAACCCAACGAGCCGGUAGGCAAAAGGAUUCGAACGGCACUGAGCAGGCAGAUCGGACCACAUGGAUCAUGCGCCGGGGGGCAACUAAGAAUUUGCAAAAGCUACAUGAUGCUCUUGAUCUCCUUCUAGCGGACAAGUCCGAACUAACAAAGACGUUGCGAGAGACCGCUGGGACUGAGAAUUUAAGUCUCAAGUGGACACCUGGGCUUGGCCACAUUGUUCACAUGAAGGGAGUAAAAGCAUCGCAACAGUCAGUUGAAGCGUUGGGAGCAACGCGAACAGUCUCUUCAUCAAAAUCAACACGCUCCUUUUAUCUAAGUUCCUGGUCACAAUUGGGAAGCAGAAUUGACGAUGCAAAGUUCCACAUACUGUCCGAGGAGCAGCGCAUCUUCGAAGAGUUACGCGAAGCGGUGAUUUUGAAUCUUGUGAAGUUACGCCGAAAUGCUGCUGUCUUGGAUGAACUCGAUGUUGCGUGUUCGUUCGCCAGCCUUGCUGAAGAACAGCAGAUGGUUCGUCCUGUAGUCAACAAUAGCAGAAGUCACAAAAUAGUAGGCGGGAGACAUCCGACAGUUAAACUUGGGCUGGAAGAACAAGGGCGUCCCUUCGUUAGCAAUGACUGUUUUAUCGGGGAACAGGAACGGAUAUGGCUCAUAACGGGGCCGAAUAUGGGUGGAAAAAGCACAUUUUUGCGCCAAAAUGCUCUGAUUACCAUCCUUGCACAGGUUGGAUCUUUCGUACCGGCGGAGCAUGCAGAGAUCGGUAUUGUGGACCAGAUAUUCAGCCGCAUUGGUGCUGCAGAUGAUCUCUUCCGGGACCAGUCAACAUUUAUGGUGGAGAUGCUGGAAGCAGCGACGAUUUUGAAAAACUCUACAUCACGCUCCUUUGUGAUUAUGGAUGAAGUUGGGCGAGGGACAACGCCUGAGGAUGGAACAGCCGUGGGGUUUGCUUGUCUACACCACCUCCAUAACGUCACUCAAUGCCGUACUCUAUUCGCUACCCACUUCCAUGUGCUGGCGGACAUGACCGCUCAAUUUGAGCAUUUGGGUCGAUACUGCACGGACAUAAAUGAGGACCCUUCGGGGUCUUUUUCAUUUGUCCACAGACUGAGAAGGGGUGUGAAUCGAGAGUCUCAUGCUCUAAAGGUCGCACGGCUAGCGGGUCUCCCAGAGAGUGCCAUUGCCGUUGCAAAGGAUGUGUUGUGCAAGCUAUCACAUGGCAGAAGUUUUGAACCUAAUGAGGCGGUCUCUUCUCCUGACAGAGCUACUCGGGGCGGCUCCUGAUGUUUUAUUAUACCAUUUUUUUUUAUCUCAGAUCAUAAUAUGCCUUUUAAUCAUCUGAUUCCCCCUCGUGAAAAUACUCAAUCAUAUUAGCAAUUUGAUUCCCCACGAGCCGAAAAUUAACGAAGUGUACAUAUACUGAAAUUUCCGCUCAUAACUUAGCCACCUCAUCCUCAUACUCCUCCAUCUCCCUUAUAUCCACAUCCACAUCUACAUCAACAACAAUCCCCUCAUCAAACGCAACCUCCUGACAAUCAUCCUCCGCAACCCCAUUCGCAAACUGCACCACUACGAAGUCCACCCGACGUCUCCCCACCACUACCAUUGGCGCAUGCCAAGUGGCAGCCCCAUACGUCACCGCUUGACCACCAUGCGCAAUGAACGCUUUCAUAUUCCGUAGAUCCGGCGGGUCGCGAAUGAGAACCUGCUCCUUGCCACCCUGAGCAUUGACAACCGUAGCUUGCGCCGUCUGCCCGUGUAGUGACGGUGCGACGAUGAUGAGGUAACUGGGCACGGGAUUGUCAUUGCCGCCACCGUCGUUCUUAUUGCGCGCUCCCGUAGAUAAAGCAUUGUUCUCAUUAUCGGGCCGUUUUCUGUCCACCCCAGAUGGUACGCCCAGCGGAAUAAACGUCUGCGUAGUAAACGGAUGUCGCUCCAGAAUCCUUACAUCGAAGAGUCCACCGGCAGGCUUUCGUCCCCGGCCCCCUCCUCUCCUCAAUGCCCGCGGGAAACACGAGAACAUACUCAUGCGCGGCUCCCCGUUGCUCCUCUUCCCCUGGCCCUCAGCGCUUGUACAUUGGUCGUAAUUAUUCUGGAAUACGGAGAUCGGGCUGUAUUUCAAUGCGGUAGAUUGGUUGGCGAGGAUUGGAGUAGGGGUAUUGGAUGGAUUUGGAUCAGCAUCGGGGAGAGAGGAGAGAGAAGAAGCAGGGGGUGCGCGGGUGAGGGUUGCUGGUAACGGGCUAGAUAUGGCAGUGCCAAACGGAUGGAAGGAAGGUAGGGUGAGAGGGGAGGGAUGUAUGGUCAUAUUUGAUGUAGGGAGAAUCGGCGGAGGCAUUGUCGAUGGUAUAGGUAUAUGAGUUAAGUGUAUGAUAUGUGCAAAUUGUCGUUUAUUGUUGGGAGUAGGAGCUUUUCAUGUCCCUACAGCAGACAAAAGGCGGAGGUUGCCGCCGAGUUGCAAGGGCUCAGGCUGUGGCUGGCGGUGACGUAGUUAUUUUUCACUUCGUUAACUAACUACUCCGUACGGAGUAGUUAUAAGCUUGUUUGGCUGGUUUGCCUGGAGAGAAGCUCCCCAUGGUUUGCCGAGGCAUAAAACAACAGGUAAACAACAACUUACGGAGUACAAGAUCCAUACCAUAGUUAACAUCUCCAAUGUUCUUUCAACUGAAUCAAAUACAAAGCGUUGCUGGACAUGGCAUAUAAUGUUCAAAUUACAAGCCAAUUGAUUUUCGGAAGUGAGAUAGCUAUCCUAUUCAUACUUGGGUACCAUCCAUGCGAUCUUGUCUCGUCUCAAGCAAUGUGGGCGCAUUUGUAGACACCGAGUACUAUCCAUUUAUGUAUAUGUAUAUUCCCCAAUCCCACUACUAUAAGUAGUAGUAUUUAUCCUCUCGCUAUUCAUCCUGAAUCUUUGCUACCACCUUAUUCGCUUUUCCGGCACCCUUUUGCUGAUACUGAUGCGCCUCAAGUGCAUCUUCAAAACCGCCCUUACCCACCAAAUCAUAUGGGGGAGGGAAUAAUUGACCCCCUUGUUCAAAUAAUGCCACAAAUACUGGAAUAUACUCAGCAAUCCUCUCAUUGAUAUGUUCUGCAGAUGGCCGUCCAAUCUGCCCUAGCUCAACAAGUUUUGUUUUGCCCCCUUCGAAGUCGGCGAUCCCACUCCUAGAAAUGCGGUCAGUUCGGAGCUUUAAAGAAACUAAAAAAAAAAAAAAAGAAAAUUCAAGAAGUUUGCAUGAAACAGUUCUCUACAGCGGUACAAACUCACCAUGUGUUUGUCGAGCAGAACAACUUUGGACCCUCUUUGGGAAGCCUUUUAAACAGCUCUUUCGCGAACGCAUCGCCCGAUGCCGCAGCGUCAAAGACUCGAUGUACCUUGCCUUUGGUAAUAUUAAGGACAUCUUUGACCUGCUCCUCUAUUGGCUUCUUAUAGUCAAACACGGCUGUAGCGCCUUGUCUUUUAACGAGCUACGAUGUGGAGUUAACAUCAUUGUACGAUGCCGUGAAUAUAUUUGGGCGGAAUAUAUACGAACUGGAACAGAGCUUGCAGAACACGACGCCAUCACCUUAUAUCCACAAAUAUUAAAGAGCUACUGUCACCGUCAGCAUAGCAAUCGAGUGAUCUUGAAGGGCGGUCUGGGAAGGAUAAUAUGUACCUGAACCGCGAAUUUUCCAACAGAGCUGGCGCCACCUUGAACAAUAGCCCAUCCGUCCUUUUUUUCAGUCUACUCUUAAAGUGAGCUUUCAUUCGCACAUCACGGUACCUGCAUUUCAUGAUGUCUGAGGAAGGAAUAGACUAAACACACAUACCUCCAGACCAGCACCUAUCGUGGCAGCUUCCACAAGAGAAAUGUUCUUCGGCUUCGGAAUCGUGACUUUGGCAUCCAUCAAUAGCUAUAUUGCACAGCGCAAGAAGACUACAUAUUAGUUAGGUGAUCGGAAAUGGCAAUCACCAUUCCAAAAACGAAGCCCCGCCAGUUCCGAGCCAUGGGUUGAAUACGGUAGUGCUCAGUUGGGAUACGGUGCGGAGAUACUGACAUAUUCCUGCCCACUAUUAUAUCCCGGAUUGCCCAGGCGUGUGCUUCCACAAACAUAAUCGCCAACUUUAAACAUUGAGGCAGCGUUUUCGCCUACUUUUACCACGACGCCUCCAACAUCGACUCCAAGACCGAGUGGCCAUUCCUGAACGAGCACGCCUAAUGAUCGCAUCAAUCCGUCUCUAAAUGUAGUAGUUCUGCGUCAGGCCCCGGCUGAGAGGGAGAGAAUCAUUCUGCCUCAGGAAUACCAUGCGAAAAAGAAAAAGAAGGCAAACAAAACACAGGGUCGAGAGAUAGGGAGUACAGUAAUAAGAACCCGAUAGAUUCUAAUGAGAUAAUAAUUAAAGAACAAUGAAGACACGCUAGCGCUCGCUAUUACACGAACAAAGGCGCUUGUCCGUCCUCCCCCACUCAAGAGGUGAGCAACCUCUGCGCAGGGCGAUAAAUAAACAAAUGAAGAAAUAACAAAGGAAAGCCGCCGUGGAUAAUUUCAAUAUCUCUAAUGAAAGUUCAAGCUUCUAAGGAAAAGUACUACAAACACUGGAUUCAAGGCCAUAUAGAUUGAUUUGACCAGUAUUUGGUCAGCCG